AUGUCUUAUAUAAAUAAAUUACAACUUUUUAUUAUAUUAAUAAUAUACGAUACCUUAAAUAAAAAUUGGAGAUCACCAAAAUAUUAUUCCCAAUUGAAUAAGGGAAUAUACACAAGAUUAUUAAAUGUUAAGUGUAGAGCUGGUGAAUCACUUACUUACGAUUACAAGUGUGAUAAAUGUAAAGAGGGAUUUUUUAAUUUUUCUAGAGAUAACAAAAAAUGUUCACCUUGUCCUAUCGGUACAUUUAGCAAUUAUGUGGGUUCCAUAACAUGUGAAAAUUGCCCAUACGGAUCUACCACAAAGAGGAUUGGAUCAAAAUCCAUGGCAGAUUGUGUCUGUAAUAAAGGUUUUAAAUUAAGUUCAAAUAUAAAUAGUGGUAAUAAAUGUAUAGCAUGUAAUUCACAUGAAUAUUGUAAAAGUAAUGAAAACACAUGGUGUUUUUAUAACAUGUGUUCGAAAGAUAGAAAUAAGGAAAACAUAAAAUUAUGUGAGAAAGUGAAGAACAAAUCAAUAUAUAAUUAUCAAAUGUUAUGUUUUAAAAAGGGAGUGUGUUUAAAUGUAAAGGAGAGAAAUAGUUGUCUGGAGGGAAAUAAAAUGAUACAGUGUAAAAUUUGUGAUGAAAAUUAUAGAUACAACUUCCUGGAUCCUUUACAAGAAUCUUGCGUCAUUUGUAAUAUGAGUACAUAUUUUAUAAUAUUCUUUUUUGUUAUAUUUAUAUUUGUCUUUAGUAUAUUUAUAUCUAUGUGUAUAAAUAAUGAGAAAGAAAGAAGUAUAAUAAAAUUAUUUUUUACCUAUAUCCAAUUUGUAUCACUUCUGAGGUAUGUUAACUCGAAUUAUGAUCACUAUCUUGUAAAGGUUUUGUAUUUUUUUACAUUCGGAAUACCGAUUAAUGAAUUUCUUGACUGUGUCUUUAAAAGAGGAAGUAAUUUAGAAAGGAUUCAAAAAAAAAUCACCUUUUUAUUAUACUUUCCUUUGUUAAUAUUAAUAUGUUCACUUUUGUGUACCUUUAUCAUUAAAUUAUUUUAUAAGUAUGUAAAAGGACGUGAAAAUGUUACUAUAUUCACUUUUGAUAAAAAUUAUAAUCAAAGAACCAAAAAAAAGCAGAUCAAUAAAGUUGAUAGUUCAAAUGUGAAUAACAAUAAUAUCAAUGAAUAUGAAAAGAUAAAACAUUGUAAUAAGACAAAUGAAAUAAAUAUAAUAGAUUUGAAUGAUAGUAAGAAAAUGAACUUUUGUGAUUCUAAUAAUUUAUUUAUGAAUGAUAUAUAUCAACAUAAAAAUUUCCAUCAUAACAAAUAUUCUGAUGAUAAUAUAAGGAGGUGUAAGUUGUUCAGUACAGAAAAUAGUGUGAGACACUUUUUGUUUUUUUUUUUAUUUUAUCACGAUUUGAUAUAUAUAGAAAUAAUUAGAUUGUGUGUAUUAUUUUGUUUAUGCAAUUAUGAUGUUCAUAGAGAAGAAAGUUUUAUUAUAAUUGACGAUUCAAUAAACUGUGAAGAGAUGAAAAGUGCUUAUUACAAAAUAAUGAUAAUUAUUAUAUAUAAUACAUUUAUGAAAUUUUUUUAUUUAUUUUUUUUUCAGUUACUUAAAAAAUAUAUGAAAAAGUAUCAAGACGUUAUAGAUGAAUAUAUUAUUUUGCAACAAAAAGCAAAAAUUAUAAAUAAAAAGGACACUCUUUUUUUAAUUAUGUUUAUAAUAUUUUUUCAUAAGAAGUUUUGGAUUAAUAUUAAUCCAUAUUUAUAUUAUAAUUAUAAAAAUGGUUUAUAUAAUAACAAUAUACAUUUAUUUCAGUUUAUGAUAAUUAUUAUUUCUUUUUUUGUUUAUGUGUUAAUCAUCCAUAUAUGUCUAUAUGAAAGGCAAGACCCCCAUCUUUUUUUUGAUAUACAUAGAAUGGAAGAUGAAGAAGAAGAAGAAAAAAUAAUAAAAAAUAAUGUGUCUACUAUGAGUAAUAGUUUUAAUAAUUAUGAAGAAAAUAAAAUAUGUCAUAUUAAGUUAAAUACUACUUGUUGUAUAAGAAAUAAUAAUAAAUCUUCUAUUUCAUAUUGUGUGGAAAAGAACAAUAUAAAGGAAUAUGGUGAAAAGAAAAAAGAAAACACAAAUAAAAGAAAUAACAUGUGGUAUAAUUUUUUUGUUGUUCUAUUUCAAAAUGUACAAAAAGUGGAUACAUUUAUAUAUUCCUUUUCAUGUUUAAUAUAUACUACGAUUUUAUUAUUUUAUUAUACCUUCUUAAGUUAUGUGCAUAUAAAAAAUUUUCUAAAAAUCAUUACAGUUAUAUCUAUAUUGUGUAACAUAACAAUAUAUUUUGUUUUUAUUUUAUUCUUUGUUACUACACAUAUGUUUGAGAAGAAUUUGUUUUCAAAAAAAAUUAUAUAUAUUAUAAAUUUCUUAAAAAAAAGGAAAAAAAAAUGGUUAGUUAUAUAUAAAAAAUUUAAAACACUUAUAUGGGGAAAUCCUAAAAAGGUGGAAGAUAUAUAUUUAAAUGUUAAGAAGAAAGAAGUAACAGAAGAUGAACAAAAAAAGGAACAGAAAUUAAAAAGUCUAUUAUUAAUGAAUAAUGUUUUAAAUUAUUAUACAGAUGAUGAAGAAUCUAUUUUAAAUAAAAACAAUAAGGUAAAAAAAAAGAACAAUAAUAAUAAUAAUAAUAUACUUAUGAUGAAGAAAUUUAAUGUAAAAAAUAUAAAAAGACAUAAAUUAUUAAACAUAUCGAAUAUAUGGAUUCAUUAUUUAUAUAAUAUUAUUAGUCUAUCUAGUGAACCACAAAAAUGUGUAUCCGUUCUUAUAAAAUUAACAUUAGAAAAAAAAUUUCCUCUUAUUUCUAUAAAAACAUGUAUACAUGUAUUAAGGAAAAAUAAUAUUUUUGAAACAAAUAAUUUUUUAAUAAUUCUAAAAAAUUUCUUAAAAUUUACAAAAAAGUUUCUAAAGGUACUAAGAAACAAAAAAUAUGAACAGUCAUAUGAAUAUCUAAUAAUAUAUGCAUGGGGAAUGAGUAUAUUAAAUUAUGGGAAUUUACGAGAUAUAAAUUACAACAUCUCACAUAUAUUAUUUCAUGUUUUUAGUAUAUUAAAUAAAUGUCGUUUUUAUAAAAAUAUAGUAGAUCAUUUUUUUAAUAUAUAUCCAUAUAUAAAUAAUAAUGAUAUGAAAGGAAAUAUAUCACACAUAAAUAUGUAUAAUAAUAUGUGUAAUUUUUCUUUUCAUAAGAAUAAUUUAUAUGAGAAGGAUAAAAGUCAAAAAAUAAAAAAUAAUAUAUUAACUGAACAAUAUGAUUUAGAAAAUAAUGUUGAUAUGAAUAUUAAAGAUGAUCUAUUUGAUGAAAAAGAAGACAUUGAUUUGUUAAAAAUGUAUGUAAACUCCUUCUUUCAUUCUUUUAUUCCGUUAUAUAACCACAAUUUUAAUAUGAAUAAUAAUAAGGAUAUACAUAUUGAAGAGACAUAUAUGUGUGAUAAAAAAAAGUUGAAUUGUUUAGAUAAAAAUAUUUGUUCCAAUACAUAUAUUAAUAAAAGAAGAAACCAAACCUUUGUAAAUUCUAAUAAAGAGGAAUAUACAUAUGAUAUUUCAUCAAAUAUGAAUUUAAUAAAUUAUAAAAAGAGUAGAACAACUAAAAAUUUUGAACGACAAAGAAUAUUUUAUCAUAUGCAUUCUUUGUAUAUUAUAGAAUUGGCAAGAAUAUUUAUUCAUUGUUUAUUAUUAGAUGUGAGUGAAUUUUUUUUUAAAAUAUAUCAUACACAUAUAUGUGAGAAAUAUAUUUGUAAUAAUUUAAUUAAUUUAUGGGGAUGUUAUAGAAAUCCAAAUAUAUACAUGAAGAGAUACUUUGAAUAUAUUAAAAAAGGAGAAUAUAAUAAUCAACAAAAUAUUCUUAAGAAUAAUCAAUGUUCAGUUAUAAAUGAAAAAAAUAAUAAUAAUAUAGAUAAUAUUUUAAGUAUAACCGAUUUUAUAAACAAAAAGGUAUUAGAUAUCGAUUUUUAUCAUGAAUAUGAAAAAUUAAAUAAGAACUGCAAACAUUAUUUUAUAAAUAUUUUAGAAGAAAAAGAUUAUUUAAAUAUUAACGAAUUAAUUGAUUUUUCGAAAACUAGUGAUAAUAUAGAAGAGUUGAAAAGAUUACAAAAUGACUUAAUAGAAAAAAGAAAUAAAAAAAAAUUAAAAAAAUUUUCUCUUAUUUUUUGUAGUGCUAUGCCUGUUCAUAUAAUAGAUGAUUAUGAAAUGUAUUUAGAUGAUGAUGAUACACAAUUAAUAAAUGAAAGAAAAAGAAAUAUUAAUAUUUUAUUAGAAAAUAUGAGUGAACAAAUUAUGGAUCAAUAUGUAAAGGAAAAUUAUAACGACAAAAAAUAUUAUUUUGAAAUGUGUAGUUAUGGUUCGUCAUUAAAUAUAAGAGGUGAAUUCCUAGAGGCCUAUUCAAAAAAGGAAGUUCCAGAAAAAAAUAAAUAUAAUGCUAAAGAUGUAAAAUCAAAUAUAAUGGAUAUAAGACGUAUUUCUAACAAAGCUGAUGAAGAUACGGAUAAUUUAUUAAAUAUAAAAUAUAUAGAUAUAUUAAAUAAAAAUAAAAAUGAUUAUAUGAAUUAUCAAUAUAUAAGUGAGUAUAAUAGUUUAUUAUUAAUUCAUAAUAAUUAUAAAGGUUGUGUAGGAAUUACAGGAGAUUUAAAUGGAAUGAAUUUUUAUAAUAGCAAUGCUUCAAUUAUUAUAAACCCUUGUAUACCUUUACCAAUAGAAUGUACUUUAGAAUUGUGGUUAUAUUGUAACGCUAAAAAGAAAUAUAGAAAUAUAAGAGAAAAAAAGUUUGCUUUUUGUGACAAACGUGGUAACUCAUUAUUUGUUUUAUGUCUAAAUGAGAAUGGGUUAGAAGAUAUAGAGAUAUAUAUAACAAAUUUAGAACUAUUAAGUGAUUAUUAUAAGAAAAUUAAUUAUAUACAAGAUAUUAAGACAUCUACAAAUAAUGAUAGGUUAAAUGACAUUUCGAACGUUUUGAAUUAUAAUAAUGGUAUAUAUAUAAAAAGCAAUAUGAUAAAAAAAAAAAAUUAUAAUAUGAGAAAUAAUAUAAUAAAAAAAAAAAAGUGGAAUUUAAUUAAUAUUACCAAAUCUUCUCAGGGGUUAGUUUAUUAUAUCAAUGGAAAAUAUAUAAGUUAUAUUUCACAUGAAAUAUUAAAUAUGCAAAAAACCUUUGAAAUAUAUUUUUUUGGUAACUCUUGUUUUGGAAAUAAUAAUAUAGGUAUCUGUUCUUCUUUUAAAAUUUUUAAUUUUUUAAAUAAGGAAGAAAUAAAAUGGAGAUAUAAAAUUAUAAAAAAUAUAAAAUGUAAGGAAAUGUUAGGUGAUAACAUAAAGAUAGAAGAUAAUAACAAUAAUAAUAAUAAUAUUAAUAUUAAUGUGAUUGAAGGAAUAGAUAUUCGAGGAACAACACCUGGAGAAAUAAUCUUUUUAAUGAAUUUUAUUCAAUCAUCAAAAUAUACAAAUAGAGUUUUACCAUUUAUAAAUGAUUCAAAUUUUAUGUUAAAAAUAUAUCAAUUAAAAUUUUUUGACAUAUAUAAGGAUAAUAAUUUAUGUAAUAUGAAUUAUUAUGAAGAUAUUUAUGAUAAAUAUAAUGAAAAGUUUGAAGGUACAAACAAACAUAUUAUACGUCAUAAUAGUAAUCAAAAUAUUUCAUGUUGGAAAGAGGGGAAAAAUAAUAAUGUUCACAUGGUUAAAGAAGAAAAAAAAUAUAUAAAUAAUAAUAAUGAUGAUAAUAUAAUAAAUAACCAUUCUUCUACUGAUUGUAGAAUGAUUCAUAUAAAAAAUAAAGCUCAUUAUGGUUAUAAUGUAUAUGUAAAAAAAAUUAUUGAAAAACAAGAUGUACCAAAAAUUUGUGGAAUAAAUAUAUUCUCUCAUAAUUUUGCUCUUGCCUGUGAUUUAUCAAAAUUUUAUAAUUUAAUUAUAGUUCCAUCUUUGUCUAUAUAUAAUGAAUUACAAAAGCCAUUAGGAUAUUCUAUUUGCGCUUGGGUAUUUUUACCAAUAGAAAAAAAUAUUUCUUUUUCUUCAUUAGUAGCUGGGAAAAAUGAUAUUCAUGUUUGUAUUUUUAGUGAUGAUAUGCUUUUAGGUAGUAUUCAAAAUUAUACUACUAAAGGAAAUUUAUUAUUUUAUCAUUCUUCUGGAUAUAGUAUAAAAAAUAUCAAAAGAGGAUGGUAUUAUCUUAAUGUGAUUGGAACAUUACAAGGUCAAUAUUAUUUUUUAAAUGGAAAAUUUAAAGGUUAUCAUACAUUUUGUUCUUUUGAUAAUAUUAAAUAUAUAUGUAAUAGUAGUUUAUUUAUAAAUCCAUUUCCUUAUAUAUGUUUUCUAAAAAUUUUAAAUAAACCUUUGUUAAUGAAUGAAGUAUUAUAUGAAUUUUAUACUUUUUCUAAAUUAUUUAACGAAACAUCUUACGAAUCUUAUAAUUUUCAUCAUAUAAUUCAUUUUUUAUUCCCAUAUUUUGAAUCACAAAAUAAAAAUAAUAUUUCUUAUUCAUCAAAUGACACUUCUUUGUGUAAUUCUUACGAUCAUAAUUAUUAUAAAGAAAAAUAUCUUCAUUUUUCUAUUACAGAAAAUUAUGAUGUUCAUAUAUAUCCCCUUGAACAGGUAAAAAACUAUUAUUAUUCAGUAUCCCUUAUAUCUAUAAAAAAUAGAAAAUUAUAUUAUUUUAAUAGUAUAAAUGAACAAAUCAACAAUUUAAAUAUACAUUUGAAGAAUAAUAUAAUUUUGCCUGAACAACAUUGGACCAUUUUAGCUGUAAUUAACUUAACUCACAUUAACAAGUUAGGUUAUCAUUGUUUAGUAGGAGGCAGAAAUGGAAAUUCUCACAUAUGUAUAAAUGGAUUGGAUUUAUCUAUAGGUGUUUUAAUAAAUCUCCAGAAUGAAUUUAUAUAUGAAGAACAAUUAAAUAUGGAGGACAGUUUUGGAAGUAUUUCUGAUACUAUGAAUGAUAUAAAUUCAUUAAAUGAAUAUAUGAAGAUAGAUCAUAUUACAAAAAGGAAUAAUAAUAAUAAUAAUAAUAACAAAGAUAAUAUCAGUAAUAAUAAUAUUAAUGAUAUGUUAAGUAAUAGAUAUGAUAAAAAAAUAAAUGAGUACAACAAUAAUAAUUCUGAUUAUCAUGAUGUUCAUAUGACAAACGCAAAAGAAACAUAUUCAACAUUUUGUAGUUGUGGAUAUAAUUUACAAAAUGAAUUAAAUAAAAAUAUAUUAAUAACAACAACGUGUCGAAAUUAUGAACAAACAUUUUUUAUUAACUCUAGAAAAGUAGGUACAACCCAAGCAUGCUUAGAUCCUAUAACAUGUAUAGGUAAUUGUGCUUCUAUAAACAAUGAAUUUCUUGCUCCUUUUGGUUCUUAUAAAUUUUUAAGAAUUAUUUUUGACUAUGUUAGUGAUGAACAAAUAAGACAAUUUUAUUAUUCCCUUAAAUUAUAG